AUGAGCAUUCCCAACUUUAUCGAGCACGACCUGUGGGGUUCACUUCAGCCUCUGGACGGCAAAUUAUACCGGAUGGAUUUCUUCAGGUUCCGUACCUUUAUCAAGAUUGGGCGGCACCCCCAGGUGAAUGACUUUGUUCUUCCGGGUGCGAGAAUUAGCAACCGGCACUGUGAAAUUCUAUGGGAGAACAAAUCUGUCGUGUUGGAGGAUAUGUCGAGCAAUGGGACAUGGAUCAACGGAGGGCUGGUUGGAAAAGGCAAGAAACAGCUCCUUCACGACGGGGACCAGGUCGCUUUUGGCACAGCCAUGCCGCAGGACUCGGAGGAUUAUCGGUUUACCUUUCGUACGCAUACAACCGACCUACGGGAGUACGAGCGCGGCGAAAUGUAUCUCUACUAUGAUAUCGCCCACGAGAUUGGGAGCGGCGGGUUCGGCACGGUGAGCAAAGGACUGUGUCUCGCCACGGGCGAAUGGGUCGCUAUCAAGGUUAUUUCCCCACCCAAGGCUUUCGGGAAAGAUUUUGUCGGAAACAUCGUUCUCAUGGCCAGGGAAGUGAAUAUCAUGAGUAAUCUCAAUCAUCCGAAUAUAUGCAGGUUGAAGGAUGCUUUUUAUCAUGAACACGAUGGGACAUUGAAUUUGGUCAUGGAAUUGGUUCCUGGGGGAGACUUGUUGGACUAUAUGAAUGCUGGCUCGGUCAACGAUGAGAGUGAUGCGAAAUUUAUAAUUUGGCAGAUCUGUGACGCCCUUGCUUACCUACAUAUCCAGGGCGUCACGCACCGUGAUAUCAAGCCUGAGAACAUCCUUCUGUCUAAAGACUCUAAAGACGUACCUCCUAUCGUGAAGCUUUCCGACUUUGGGAUGGCCAAGAUUGUCGAUGAUCAUACCAUGCUUCGGACUGCAUGUGGUACGCCGGAGUACAUGCCCCCAGAACAGGGUCAACACGGUGGUAGUUACGACCACCUCGUGGAUAGCUGGAGUGUCGGAGUUAUCGUGUUCCAGAUGUUCACAGACUCCUUGCCGAUUGAACGAUUGAACACUGGCGACCAGAGACCAGAUGACUGGGAUCCAUUGAUGCGAUGGGAUCUCUUGGACAAAGCGCGGGUUCUUGAAGAAGGGAAACAAUUUGUCCGGGCCCUCCUCCGUUCGAAUCCCAAGGAGCGUAUGACGAUGAAAAAUGCCCCCAAACACCAAUGGAUGUCCCCGUGGGUAGGCAAGAUGGAAAAGGCCAGAGACGAACUGCUCGGUGACAAUGCUGCAUAUCAGCAUUUGAAUUAUCUGGAGAAUUAUCGACUAGAAGAAGAACCGGAGACGUGAUGUUGAAUUAGAGUGUAGUUGUUACAAGCGCGUGUUGCUAAAGUCUUGAUGCCUGCUAGAUACGCUAGAUACAAGUAAAAUGAAUCCGACACAUCU